GUACAGUACAAGUACUAUACAAAAAUAGGUUUGGAAAACGUUAUUAAUAUAUACUUGUCAUUAUCAUAAAAGAAACCUCCAAAAUGGAGAAAUUUUGCGCUGAAAUUAUACGUAGAGCUACUCAUCAAACGCUUGCAGCUGCAGGCUUUGAAAAGAGUUCAAGAAUUAGCGGAGAUGUUCUCGCUGAUGUUUUUAAAGAAUAUUUAAUGUUUUUAGGAAAAUCUGUUCAAGAAGCUGCAACAAAUGCUGGUAGGACUAAGGUUAAUACUGCAGACGUCUUGAUAGCAUUUGAAGAUCUUGGUAUAAACCUGGAAGAGUUGAAGGAAUGGACAAAAACUGAAGGAAGAGUUCUCGGAGGUUACGCUGGACGAAAACCGACUGUUUUAAAAGAAUUAUUAAGAAGUGGACUUCCUAAUGAAAUGGAUGAUAUUGAUUUACCAAUAGUUGAAACGAAAGAAAUAGAUAAAAUCAAACAAAAUGGCCAGAAUUCAAAAAAAGACGAUAUAGUUCAAGAAAUUUACAUCAAAGAACAAUCACUAAAAAAAUUAGUGAGUAAUAAAAUUGAGAACAAUAUAAAAGAAGCGGAAGAUAAUAUGAGUAUAGAUAUUGAGAGAACAUUGUCACAGAAUAAUUCCGAAAAUAAUAAUGAUAACGAAAAUGUAUCCUUGUCUACGGCCGAGGAUAAAUCUUCAUAUUCUCUUUCUGGUCAGACAACACCAAAAGAUGAUGGGAAAAUUAUUAAUACAAAUGGUGAAAUUACAAAUGAACAUAUGGAAUCAAGCAGUUCAAUGCAAAUUGAUUCAAUAGAAGAAUGUUCUAAACAAACAACGGAUUAUCACAGUCGGUUGUUAUCGCUUUCAAAAAAAAGACCUUCCUAUAUUCCUGAAUGGCUUCCACCACUACCAGAAGUUAAAUCACGCGAAGAAAAUGAACCCAUGAUUGAAGUUAAAAAGGUUGGAGCCGAAGAAAAAACAAAGGAAUUAAGUGGAUUAACUGAAUCGACAAUAACAGAGAAUGAAAAACCUUUCGAUAAUAUGAUAACUAGCCAAGAAAGUAUACCAGAGAUUCAAGAAUCAAAUAAUGUAACUUCCGAUUCAAAUGUUCAAGUAAAGCCUUCAAAACAAAAACUUAAACGACCACUUGCAUAUACUAUGCUUGACGAAUCAUUUGAGAAAGCAUUCAUAAGCGAAUCCGUACUCGGAGAAUCGACAUCCGAUACCCCAAGAAAAAAGCGUAAAAUUGUUGAAUUUGAUAAUUUGCUUUCAUUUGAAGAUCCUCUGUUUAGUGAACCCGAAAUUCCUAUAAUGGAUGAUAAAAAUACAAGAGAUUUAGUGGAGUCUUAUGGUUAUCCGUUGCGGUUAAAUGAAAUGCCAAUACAAAAACAUCGAUCUGUCGAGUUAGCAUCAAAAAUUAAUGCUGAUGUUAAUCUGAAGAUGCCUGUGCAAAUUAUUGAUACCAUAUUACCAGAAGUGAAGCCUUCUAAGCCUUUACAAAUAAAAUCUCCGGUGUCACAUAAAGGCAAGGAAAAGAUGAUACCGGAGAUUAUCGAUUUCCAAGAGCCAGAACCAUCUACAGAAUCUCCAAAGGCACCUAAAAAGAAGGAACCAAAGAAUAUUAAAGCUAAAAAAUCAACAUACAAAGGAACAACUACAAAGUCUAGCGUUCCCGAGAAAACUUCGGAGUCUAAUCGUCCUAAACUGACAUUACGUAUAAAAUCAGCAACUACACCGUCCGAUCCUGAACCAUCUGAAGUUAUUAAUUGUAUUUGUGAACCUCCAAAUAAUACAUUAGAUGAUGGGAAAUUUAUGGUAUCUUGUGAUAAUUGUCAAGAGUGGUUUCAUGGAGUUUGUACUGGAUUUGGACCUCAUCGUGUUGAAGUUGGCACCUGGUUCUGUCCGAGAUGUCGUGAUCGUGGUAUAUCAUGAAUGAAAUUUUCCCAGGAUGUGUAAACUAUUUUUAUUAUUAUUAUUUUUAAUUUUUUU